CUCUUCUCUGAAACCAUGCCAGAGAUGAGGGAAAAUGAGACCCCCACUAAGAAGCAGCACCGAAAGAAAAACCGAGAGACACAUAAUGCAGUGGAGAGACAUCGAAAGAAGAAGAUAAAUGCUGGAAUAAACAGAAUUGGAGAACUCAUUCCCUGUUCUCCAGCACUUAAGCAGAGCAAGAACAUGAUCCUGGAUCAGGCCUUUAAGUAUAUAACAGAAAUGAAAAGACAGAAUGAUGAACUUCUGUUAAAUGGAGGAAACAGCGAACAGGCUGAAGAGAUAAAAAAGCUACGGAAACAGCUGGAUGACCUCCAGAAGGAAAAUGGGAGAUAUAUUGAACUGCUGAAAGCAAAUGAUAUUUGUCUGUAUGAUGAUCCUACAAUCCACUGGAAAGGGAAUAUCAAAAAUGCAAAGGUCUCAGUUGUUAUUCCCACUGAUCAGGUUCAGAAGAACAUCAUUGUCUAUUCAAAUGGGAGUCAGCCCAACGGAAAUAACCAGGGAGCAUCUGUCCAGGGAAUAACAUUUAAUGUUGGUCAUAAUUUACAAAAGCAAACAGCCAAUGUUGUUCCAGUGCAGAGAACUUGCAGCCUAGUGACUCCUGUGACAAUUUCUGGUAUUUAUCCCACAGAAAACAAGCCAUGGUCUCAAACUACAGUUUCUCCACUGUCAUUCGCUCAGACAGUUCUAGCAGGGAACCUCCUUGAGCUUUCCACAGCAGAGAAUGAACGAAGAGUGCUCACUACUGCUCCUACCAGCUCACAAAACAUUUCUUGCUCUGGAAUAGAGCAACGACUACAGUGUUCUUCAAGUAAUACACCACAGAGUGUUCAGAAUUUCCCCAGAAGUAAAAAUUAUCAGGAAGGCACUAAAUUAACAAAAAAAAAGGUCCCACAGGCUGUCAGCGUUCCUCCUAGUGCCUCCACUGAAGCCUUUCAAGUUCAACGGGUGAAUAAGACCUGCUUAAAAACACACAAUUGUAGAAACGAACUGCCAGUAAGUGGUGUAAUUUCAACCACUGAUGUAGGUUGUAUGCCAUCUGUGAGAUUAUCUACAGAAGAUGAUUUGCCUUCUGCAGCUGUCCUCAAAAAUACAGCCUUAGUCAGCAGUGCCGCGACUUCUGCAAUAGAAGGAAUUAGGGCUGUAACGGCAGUAAGCACUCUGCCUUCCAGUCCCCUAGAGAAUUGCUGGUCUUUUUCAGCUUCUUCUGGUCUUGUCCCUUCAGACUUGAAAAACAUGAGUAGCCUUACACGGAUGCCUUUAGCUGGAAACACCCAGACCACAUGGACAACUUUGCAGUUGGCAGGAAAUACUGUUCAGCCACUAAGCCAAACAUCAUCUAGUAUAAUGACGGCACUAUUAAAUGAACCACUUAACAGUACUGGUGCUGUAUCUUCUGCUCACAGCAGGCCUUUGACUACAAGCAUCAGUUUGAGUACUUCUCUGCCUGGAGAAGGGCAAGCAGCUGAACAAAUUGUUGUUACUUUGCCCUCAUGCCCAUCCUUACCUAUGCAGCCAUUAAUCAGUCAGACCCAAGUUAAAAAUCAGGCUGCAGGAAAUAUCCUUCCAUUGAAUUCAGCUAUGCAGGUGAUUCAGAUGGCUCAUCCUGUUGGGUCAGCUGUUAAAGGAGCAGCAGCUAACCAGAAUGUCAUAAUUCUCCAGCCUCCAACCACCACUCCGUGCCCUCCAGUUGUGAGAGCAGAAGUUCCUAGCCAAAAUGUUAGUCAGCAGAUUGUAAUUAUACAAGCUGCUAAUCAGAAUCCUCUUCCCCUCCUCUCUGCACAGUCUUCUACUUCUGUAAGAAUUCCCACAAAUGGGCCUACUCCAAGCACAAACUCUAGCAGUUCUGUACAAAAUGUCCCUCUUCCACAGACUUUUGGAGGGAAACACCUUGUCCACAUAUUACCAAGGCCCUCAUCUCUGCCAUCUUCUAGCUCUACACAAACGUUUUCAGUUACAAUGUCAAAUCAACAGCAUCCUCAGACUAUCUCAUUAAAUGGGCAGCUGUUUGCAUUGCAGCCAGUGAUAUCUUCAGCUGGAGCUUCGAAUCAAGCCCCUAUGCAAAUUAUUCAACCCACCACCAGUGAAGAUCCAAAUACCAAUGUUGCCCUCAAUACACUUGGUGCUUUAGCUAAUCUCAAUCAAAGUAUUUCACAAAUGGCUGGACAAAGCUGUUUACAUCUCUCUCUCAGUCACCCUACCAAUCCAACAACUGACAAUAACCAGUUAGCUACAAUUAACUGUGUGUCAUCACCAACUUGUGUGGCAACUUCAGUACCUUCAGAAGGCUCUACAUUGACUAGUGCAUCUAAUCUAAUAAAUGCUUCCCCCCAAAAGGCUGCUGCUCCUUUGCCAUCUACUGCAAAAUCAAAAAGAACAAACAAGAAGGCCAGUACAAAAAAGCACAUAGCAGUCGGUGGUAAAGUGUCUUGUCCAGUAGUUCCUUCCAAAGAUGUAGGAAAGGUUGAUUGUGCUACUGCAGAAACUGUGGUCAAGUCUUCAAAUGUGGAAGGGUUGCUUGAAAACACACCUGCAGUAUCCCAAACUUCACCUACAUCACAGGCAAGCAGGGUGGUAGCAUCAAGUCAUGUAAGCAUUUCUGACUAUCAUUCCAAAGAGAUUGUGAGCUCUGAACAGACAGUGAGAUCCUGCUCUGAACCAGGGCUUAGUUCAGCAGAGAUACCCAGCUCCUCACCGCUUGAGUUAGCAAUGUCAGAACAGUUAGUGCUGAUCUCUCCAACUGCCAAAGAUGCUGCUCUUCAGCAAGCACACAGCUCUCCAAACAAUCCACCACCUGAUUCUGUCUUGCCGGAGUCUUCCAAACCCUGUGAAACCUCCAGCAUCUUAACAUCCUCUCUUACUGAAGCACACGUGACAAAUUCUCAGGUUGCUGGGACAUCAGUAGCACAAAGCAACACAACAGAUCAUAGUUGUGAGACAGGGACAAUUUCAGAGUCCUGCAGCAUUGAUCAAGAUUCUUCAAUUGUAUUGCAAGACACAGACUUGUUAGAGGGACAAGGUUUUACCAAAAUGCUCUCUGAUUUCACAAAAGAAAGAACCACUGUGGAAAAAAACUCUUCUUUUUCAGUUCAGGAGGGUCAUUCUAAUUUUCCUACAGAAAACUCUAAGUCGGCAGAUGCAAAUGUUAAUCCUCAGAAGCAGGAACUCUUGCUAAUGAACACAGAAAGUGAUACUGUUUCGCAACAUCAUACUUGCAUUUCUGAUCAGGAGGUAGUUAGUGCUUCCCUUAUUGCUAGCAGACAGGCAGACUCGCCAAUGUCAACUAGCUCUGGGAGCAGUCGAGGAUUCUCUGUUGCAUCUAUGCUGCCAGAUACCACUAGAGAUGUUGUUAGCAGUACAUCAACAAAUACUUCUAAUAGCUACACUUUUUCAGAACAAACUGACAUUGUAGCUCUUGCAGCAAGAGCUAUUUUUGACCAGGAAAACCUUGAGAAAGGUGGAGGAGCAAUACAAGUUAACAUGAGGGUUGCUGUCUCUAAAGGAACUGAUGUUGCACCCUUGGAGAAAGAGCCUUAUAAGCUGCAAGCAGUGAAAGAUAGCAAUACAGGACAGCUAGAAAUCACACCAAACAAAUUCAGUGCUCAGGAUAUAGUACAAAAAAGUAUUGAUAGACAAGCUGAAAAAACAAGCUGUUCGGUAGGAGCUGUGACAACAUCAAACACUUUGCAGAUUACAGCAUCCCAAUCACCAAGCAUAACCAGUUUAAGUGUAAAUAAUCUAAUACAGCAGAGACACGUUGUCCAUCCCCUGGUGAGUUGCUCAAGUUUAUCCCAGCCUUCAGAGCCAGCAAGUGUUUCUGCCACUGUGUGUCUCUCUAGUCCAUCUAAUUCCUACAUAAAUCAGUCUCCAGGACCAGCUAUGAUGAAUGAGUAUGCUCAGGAACAACUGAUUACUAUUAGGGCAAACACCAUUCACACUCCCCAGCUGCAGGAAUCACACUUAAAGCAGCAAGGUCACGAAGGUCGCAAAGACUCUGCCAAGUAGACUGUUCAGGAUGACCUUCUUCUCUCUACAGCAAAAAGGCAAAAGCAGUGCCAGACAAUACCUAUAAGGCUUGAAGGGAUGACAUUGAUGAACUGAACACCUGAGGGUAUUGCUGAUCAAACACAAAUGAUAGUCAGCCAGCUUCCUCCUAAUUCAUCCAAUUCAGUGCCAUCAGUGAGCAAUCAAGGGCAUACUGAUGGCCUUAAUAGAUUAUUCCCAUCAAACAGUAACUUUGUAUCACCAGCUUUGAGACAAACAGAAGUUCAGUGUAGUUCUCAACUUUCAAUUUCAGAGCAGCAAGGCCAGACAGGGCAGCACUUGCAGCCUAUUCAACAUGUUCCUGCUCAAGGCAUGUCUCAUCUUCAUAGUACUCAUCUGUACUUAAAACAACAACAGGCUGGACAGUUGAGAGAGAGGCACCACUUGUAUCAGCUGCAGCAUCAUGUCACUCAUGGGGAAAACUCAGUGCACUCUCAACCCCACAGUGUCCACCAACAGCGAACAAUACAACAGGAGGUACAAAUGCAAAAGAAACGAAAUCUUGUCCAGGGAAGUCAAGCCACACAACUUUCUUUACAGCAAAAACAUCAUGGAAGUGAUCAAACACGUCAAAAAAGUGGCCAGCCUCAUCCUCACCACCAACAAAUGCAGCAGCAGAUGCAGCAGCACUUUGGAGUUUCCCAGCCUGAAAAGAACUGUGAAAAUCCAAGAACAAGCAGAAAUCACAAUCUCUCUCAGAGCCAUAUAAAUCAGGAUAUUAUGCAUCAACAGCAACAAGAUGUCAGCAACAGACAGGAAGGUUCAGCUUUCGAACAUGUGUCAGGGCAUAAUUGGAUACAGAGACUCAUGACCUCAAGGGGAUUAGAGCAACAAAUGGUGUCCCAAGCAAGUAUCGUAACCAGACCAUCAGAUAUGACAUGCACCCCACACAGGCAGGAAAGAAAUCGAGUUUCUAGUUACUCUGCUGAGGCACUCAUUGGGAAGACAUCUAAUUCAGAACAGAGAACAGGAUUAUCUCUUCAAGGCCCUAGAGUUCCUGACCAGCUUGAAAUGAGAAGCUACCUUGAUGUUUCUAGAAAUAAAGGAAUAGCCAUUCAUAACAUACAGGGCUGUAUAUCUGUUGAUCAUACAGUUGGCUCAGAUGUGCAGCGGCUUUCUGAUUGUCAGACAUUUAAGUCAGCCGGACCUAGCCAACAGCCAACAGGCAGUUUUGAUGUACAGGCCUCAAGAAACAGUGAAAUUGGUCAUUCUGUGUCGUCCCUAAGGGGCAUGCAAUCACAAGCAUUUCGAAUUAGUCAAAAUCCUGGCCCUCCCAUAGAAAGACAGAAGAGAUUACCCUAUCCACCCAUUCAGGGUAUUCCAACAGCAAAUUCUCUUCCACCAAGAGAAAAUGAAAAUACAUGCCAACAAAGUUUUGUGCAGAAUUUACUAGCCCCUCACAUUGGAGAUCAAGUAAGUGGAAGCCAAAGAUCAAUCCCAGAACAUCAAAGGAAUACUCAGCGUGGUGCCUCCUCCACAAUUGAAUAUAACUGCCCCACUGCACGAGAAAGUGUCCACAUCCGAAGAGACAGCGAAGGUCAGAACAGGGAAAGCUGUGACAUGUCUAUCGGUGCAAUUAACACAAGGAACAGUGCUUUAAAUAUUCCUUUUUCAAGUUCUUCUUCCUCAGGAGAUAUUCAGGGUCGAAAUACAAGUCCAAACAUUUCUGUACAGAAGUCCAAUCCCAUGAGAAUGACAGACAGUCAUGGAACAAAGAGUCACAUGAAUACGCCAGUUUCUAGCCACAUUCAUGGAGUGGUGCGGCCCACUCACCCC